UAGAAUCUUACGCGUCGCCUCCAGUGGCCACACUCAACCCUGCAACUAUGGAAACUCUUCAACUGUUUAGAGGCGAUACUGUGAUUGUUCGAGGCAAGAAGAGACGUGAUACAGUCCUUAUCGUGAUGAGUGACGACAACGUUGAAGAGGGCAAGAUCCUGAUGAACAAAGUGGCUCGAAACAACAUUCGCGUCAAGCUCGGCGACGUUUGUAAUGUGCAUCCUUGUCCCGAUAUUCAAUAUGGCAAACGGGUGCAUAUUGUUCCCUUCGAUGAUUCAAUUGAAGGCCUCAGUGGAAAUAUCUUCGAAGUUUAUCUGAAGCCUUAUUUCGUUGAGGCGUUCCGUCCCGUCCGCAAGGGUGAUACCUUCCUAGUUCGCGGUGGCAUGAGGACAGUCGAGUUCAAAGUCUUGGAGACCGACCCCGCCGAAUACUGCAUUGUAGCACAAGAUACUGUUAUCCACACCGAAGGUGAUCCCGUCAAACGUGAAGACGAAGAAAAUAAUCUUGCCGAUGUCGGCUACGACGACAUUGGAGGAUGUCGCAAACAAAUGGCCCAAAUUCGUGAACUGGUCGAGCUCCCAUUGCGUCACCCACAACUCUUCAAGUCUAUCGGAAUCAAACCUCCGAGAGGAAUCUUGUUGUAUGGUCCUCCUGGUACCGGUAAAACGCUCAUGGCUCGUGCGGUUGCCAAUGAGACUGGGGCAUUCUUCUUCUUGAUAAACGGACCCGAAAUUAUGAGUAAAAUGGCCGGUGAAUCCGAAAGUAACUUGCGCAAAGCAUUCGAGGAAGCCGAAAAGAACUCUCCUGCCAUCAUCUUCAUCGAUGAAAUCGACUCUAUUGCGCCUAAGCGCGAAAAGACCAACGGAGAGGUCGAGCGUCGUGUUGUUUCCCAGUUGUUGACUUUGAUGGAUGGCAUGAAGGCUCGCUCUAAUGUCGUCGUGAUGGCUGCUACGAAUCGACCAAACUCCAUCGAUCCCGCCUUGCGUCGUUUCGGUCGCUUCGAUCGGGAGGUGGAUAUCGGCAUUCCGGACCCAACUGGUCGUCUCGAGAUCCUCCGCAUUCAUACCAAGAACAUGAAGUUGUCCGAUGACGUUGACUUGGAACAAAUCGCCGCCGACACUCACGGUUAUGUUGGCUCCGAUAUUGCUUCGCUUUGCUCAGAAGCUGCCAUGCAACAAAUCCGUGAAAAAAUGGAUCUCAUUGACCUCGACGAAGAUACCAUCGAUGCUGAAGUGCUUGAUGCUCUUGGUGUGACAAUGGAGAACUUCAGAUUUGCUCUGGGUGUCUCCAACCCGUCAGCCCUCCGAGAGACUGUGGUCGAAGUACCCACUGUCACCUGGGGCGAUAUCGGUGGUCUGGAGAAGGUCAAACAAGAGCUCCAGGAGACUGUGCAAUACCCUGUCGAGCACCCGGAGAAGUUCAUCAAAUACGGAAUGUCGCCUUCAAAGGGAGUGCUCUUCUAUGGGCCACCUGGAACGGGUAAAACUAUGCUUGCCAAGGCUAUCGCCCAUGAGUGCCAGGCCAACUUCAUUUCCAUCAAGGGCCCUGAACUUUUGACUAUGUGGUUCGGUGAAUCCGAAGCAAACGUUCGAGAUGUGUUUGAUAAAGCCCGAGCUGCAGCCCCCUGUGUCAUGUUCUUCGACGAACUUGAUUCAAUUGCCAAAGCCCGUGGUGGAUCUUCUGGUGAUGCUGGUGGUGCAGGAGAUCGUGUGUUGAAUCAACUUCUCACUGAGAUGGAUGGUAUGAACGCUAAGAAGAACGUCUUCAUCAUCGGUGCCACCAACAGGCCAGAUCAAAUAGAUCCUGCCCUCCUCCGUCCUGGUCGUCUCGACCAAUUGAUCUACAUUCCUCUUCCGGAUCUUCCCUCGC